ACAUACAAAAGUAAUACUCGUAUCUGACGAAGAAAAGACUCAUCCUCCUCAUUUUCGUUUGUCUAAUUGCGAUGGCGGCGAAGACGCUGCUGAUGCGUCCGCAAAUGAUCGCGUUGUGUGCAUCCCGAGCCCAUCUAUUCAGCAGCCUCGCUCUCCCAUAUUGUUCUCUAUUGACGAAACCCUAUAAUUAUGUCAUUCCGCGCAAUCUAUUGUUGUCGCAGAGCAAUUGUGGGACCAAGCUCCUUGGCGGCGGAACCAAAUCGGAGGGUGGUGGUCCGGCCGCCGUGGGUCGUCGUCGGAGUAUCAGUAUCCGAGCAACAACAGAUGUUAACGAUUCUAGCCAAAUAGACUCCCCCUUGAUGGCGUCAAUGGAGAAGAAGAUUAAGGAACAUCUAAAUGCUGAAUCUGUCAGUGUGAAGGAUGCUUAUGGUGAUGGUCGGCAUGUUAGCAUUGAUGUGAUCUCUUCAGCGUUUGAGGGACAGUCCGCUGUCAAUAGGCAGAGGAUGGUAUACAAAGCCAUAUGGGAGGAACUUCAAAACACUGUGCAUGCAGUUGACCAGAUGACUACCAAGACCCCCACUGAAGCAGAAGGAAAAUGAUGGUGUAACUAUAGUGUCAGUCAAGACUGAAGCUAUCUUUAAUUAAUUCCUUGCUCUCUUUCUUAUGAAUUAAGACCUGUUUGCAUGUGCCCAUAAUUUCAUGGUGUGCUUUGUUUAUCUAAAGAGUUCAUUCUUCACAAAA